CUGAAAUAUUAUGUUAGCGGCUGCUGAGAGUAGAGAAACUACAGCACAAAGAGAGAGAGGGAGGGAAGGAAGGAACAAGAAAAGCAGAUGAGAUUUUCAUACAGUGCACAGAGCUCAGUCUUUGUCUUCAGAAAUGUGAUUUAGAAUCUCUGAUUAAUCCAUUGCAUCUCUGACAGAAAUAGGUAACUGGGAAAGCAAGAGUCACUCAGGAGAGCUAGCCAGCUUACUGCUCACGAGGACAGGAGGAGGCGUCGCGUGUGAUUGCUGUUCAGCAUGUAGAUGUCUCACGAGGGAAUAACGGACAUCAGGAUUAACCUGGCAGGAGAGGAGAGAGAAGGCAUUCGAAGCAGGAUCAGCUACUCUGCUUUAUCCGGUGGCUGUGCUGCUGUUUGCUUCUAGCUGCUCCAUGUGCUGAUGAAGUGGGAGCUGCUGCUUGAGGCAGCAUUGUCCAUCUCUGCAUGCAAACAGGCUGUGGGGUUUGAGGUUUGAGCUGGGCUGGCACCCCAAACUGACAUCCUCCCCCAUUCUAGCAUUAAGCAGUCUGGAAGAACACUGGAAGAGGAAAAAGUGUUCUGCCAGCUCAAUGACACAAAGAUGGCUGUUCUCCUCCUCACACCAUUACAGACUCUCCAGGUGCAGCCUCAGCUCAGCUCUCUUCAGGAUGUGCUCCUCCUCCUGAGAAGUACUGAUCUGUGAAGGUGUCGUUUCUUGAUUCUGAUGAAGUACAUUAGUUCGGUGAGUGGAGAUAUCAAAAUCUGUCCAUCAGAGCUUCAGGCCAAUCAGGGAUUCAGCCCAAUCUUCUAAUUUAAGGAAAAUGAAUGCAGUGGAGGAAGAAGCCACUUUACAUUUUUGUCAGUAUGUCGAAGAAACUGGCCUGAAGGCCUAUGAUGAUUUAGUCAUCCAGAAUGCAUCGGACAUUGCCUGUGAGAAUGAUCGGGUGAGGAAUGAGGCAAACUCGGCCUAUCUUCAGGAAAAACACGAGAAAAAAAGGAGGCAGGAGGAAGCCAUUAAAAGGAUCGGUGAAGAUGUCGUUCAUGUGUCAGAAGGUGGUUACGCAGGAAAGCACUUCCGCAUGGGCUUCAUGACCAUGCCGCCCCCCCAGGACCGGCUACCCCUCUCCUGCGGCUCAGGCUUCUCUGUGCGCUCUCAGUCCUUACACUCUGUCGGAGGAGGGGACGAGGAUGGCAGCCCCAGCUCCCGCAAGCAGCCACCACCGAAGCCAAAGCGGGAUCCCAGUACUAAGCUGAGCACGUCUGCAGAGACGGUAAACAUGAGCGUGCCCUCAAGCAUGUUGGCUAAAGACCUUGAGAGAUCAGAAGCAUCAUCCAAGUCCCGACUUUGCAAUGAGGACUACAAGAAGGUGCCACCCCCCAAACCCAAGAGGAACCCCAACACCCAGCUGAGCACUUCAUUUGACGAGUCCUACAUCAAGAAUCACGUGGCCAGCAAACCUUCCAAGAAGGAGAUGCCCUUGUCCCAGAGCCUGGCCCGUGACUCAGAUGUGGAUGAGCCGGUCUACAUCGAGAUGGUGGGCAAUGUGCUUCCGGACCUCCAGCGAGAUGAUGAGGACCAGAGUGAGGCUGUGUAUGAAGAGAUGAAGUAUCCUAUUUUGGAUGACUUUAGCCAGGACUCCAAGUGGGACCACCUUAGUGGUUCAUCUCAAUGCCCAACCCCCACGAUCCCUGACAUGGAUCUGCCACGGGUCUCCACACCCCGGGGCUCAUUAUGUGACAUCCCUGCCCCCUUUCCCAACUUGCUGUCACAUCGCCCCCCCUUGCUGGUGUUCCCUCCUGCCCCCGCACAGUGCUCUCCAAACUCAGAUGAGUCACCGCUAACACCACUGGAGGUCACAAAGCUGCCUGCACUGGAGAAUAUGUCCUAUAUCAAAACUAGGACAUCUCCCACCUCUACCGAGUCGCUGUCAUCCUCGCAUCGUAGAACAGAGAAAGAAGCCCCUGUGACACACACCAUCACAUCUUCAGGAAGGUCCUCUGCACCCCCUAUGCCUUCCAGCCUGUACAAAUCCAUGGGCUCUGCCCAUGGGUAUCCACGCAGCCAAUCAGCCUGCCCCUCUCCCGUGAGCAUGGGCCGCUCUCUCACACCUCUUAGCCUAAAGCGCCCCCCGCCAUAUGAUGCCGUGGCGGUGGGGCCCAUGCCUCGCAGUGCUUCUGCUGUGCCUCACUCGUCAAAGAGCUCUUCUCAGGAAGGGACUAAACUGUCAAACUCCUCCAGUGCCCAUGGAUCCAUGCAGACUGCGCCACGUUCACGCACCCCCACCAGCCCAUUAGAUGAGCUCACCAAUCUUUUCACCACUGGGCGGAGUCUUCUAAGGAAGUCCUCUAGUGGCAGGAAGUCCAAAGAGCCUGCAGAGGCUGAGAUCAAGACUAAGAGCCAUAGCACUGAGCCACUGGCCAAAGACGACAGCAAAGUCAAGGGAGCCGUUCAUGGCCCACUGCCCAAAGACCCCCUGAAAGCACUCGAGAUGGAUGGAAAGUCAGGACAAUCAGGCAAUACCAUGUCUAGCAGAUCGGGGUGCUCCUAUUUCAGCCAUACUAUGAUGCUAGGGAGUAACAUUUUAGAACCCAAAACGAUGGCCAGGGGGGGACAAUCAGCCUUAGUAUCAGGUGUGGCCCCCAACCUGGGAACACCCCAGCAACAGUUUCCAGGGCCACAGCAGAGCCAGCAGGUGGCACCCUUACCAUGGGUGCAGGGGGACAACACCAUGAUGGAGAUGAUCGAGAAGAAACGCAUUUUGUGUAAGGAGAUCAAGGCUCGACAACGGCUGGACAAACAAGAGAGUAUGCCUAUCCUUCCUAGUUGGAAGAAGAGCAAUGGAACAAAGAAGUGUAGCCCUCCAUCGUAUGCAGCUCAUACUACAGUUUUCUGGGACACUGCCAUUUAGGAGAUAGUCCUGCCCUAUCCCUGUUGUCUCAGCCAAUCAGCUUGCGCACAGGGUAGCCCAAUAGUUAGCUCAAUGUAGCAAAUGAAUAUA